AUGGCCGGCUCAUUCUUAACCAUUACCCAGAUUGCCAAGUCGAGUAAUGUGCUCCAGUUGGACCUCUUAGACGGGUUUGUUCCGGGCCGCCAUAGUCAAACUAUUAGCAUCGACAACAUUAUCCACCCUCCGACUCUCAAAGCGACUUCGGGGUCUUCGGCGGUGCCUUCGAGAACGAGGCCUAUCAUCACGCCGGCAAUCUUCAGCUAUGACGCAACUAAUCCGAUUGUUCCUCUCAAGGUCACAGCCACAUACAACUUUGGGGCCGGGGUUCCAGUUGCCCCACACGGCAAGGCUGCCGAGCCCACGAUGCGCUAUUGUUUGGUCGGUACCCAGACUUCUGUCAUCUCUGGAGGCCGUAACGCGAGCUCCCAACCCGUGAACAACGGCUUUGAAAUGAUGAGCGACCCCUUUGAGGCCCCGGCUGGGAUAGAUUCCUUUCUCUUCCUUAGCUUUGAAUCCACAUUCGUUACUGCCUUCAACCUUUGA